AUGUCAGAUUCAAAGUACUUUCAAACAACAAAGAAAGGUGAGAUACAUGAGUUGAAGGAAGAACUUCUCUCACAGCGUGAGGAUAAAAAGAAGGAGGCAGUGAAGAAGGUCAUUGCUGCAAUGACUGUUGGAAAAGAUGUCAGCAUGCUCUUCACUCAUGUCUUGAACUGUAUUCAAACCAACAAUCUCGAGCUUAAGAAGCUUGUCUAUCUCUACGUCAUGAACUAUGCCAAGAAUCAUCCAGAUCGUGCUAUUCUUGCUGUCAACACCUUCCAAAAGGAUGCAUCUGAUCCACAUAACCCAUUGAUUAGAGCACUGGCUGUUAGAACUAUGGGAUGUAUUAGAGUUGAUAACAUCACAGAGUACCUUUGUGAACCUUUGAGAUUCUGUCUAAAGGAUCAAGAUCCAUACGUCAGAAAGACGGCUGCUGUGUGUGUCGCCAAGCUCUACGACAUCAACCCAGAGCUGGUGGAGAACCAGGGCUUCCUCGACAUUCUCAACGACAUGUUGGGUGACUCCAACCCAAUGGUCGUGGCCAACGCCGUCGCCUCUCUCACCGAGAUCGACGAGGUCAGCAAGCACGAGGUGUUCAGGAUCCACCCAGCCAACGCCAACAAGUUGAUGGCCGCACUCAACGAGUGCACUGAGUGGGGACAGGUGUUCAUCCUCAACGCCCUCUGCAAGUACACGCCCCGUGACACAAAGGACGCCGAGUCUGUCUGCGAGCGUGUCGCCCCACGUCUCCAACACGCCAACUCUGCCGUCGUGCUGUCGGCCGUCAAGGUGUUGAUGCGCUUCCUCAACUAUGUCAACGCUCAGGACAUUGUCAAGUUGUACUGCAAGAAGAUGGCGCCACCCCUCGUCACUCUGCUCUCCAAGGAGCCCGAGAUCCAGUUCCUGGGUCUGAGGAACAUCAACCUGAUCGUCCAGAAGAGACCCGAGAUUCUUCAGUACGAGAUGAAGGUGUUCUUCUGUAAGUACAACGACCCCAUCUACGUCAAGAUGGAGAAGCUGGAGAUCAUGAUCAUGCUGGCCAACGAGAAGAACAUCGACGAGGUGUUGCUCGAGUUCAAGGAGUACGCCACAGAGGUCGACGUCGAGUUUGUUCGCAAGGCCGUCCGUGCCAUCGGUCGCUGCGCCAUCAAGAUCGACCCAUCGUCAGAGCGCUGCAUUCAGGUGCUGCUCGAUCUGAUUCAGACCAAGGUCAACUACGUCGUGCAAGAGGCCAUCAUCGUCAUCAAGGACAUCUUUAGAAAGUAUCCAAACAAGUAUGAGGGUAUCAUCGCUACGCUCUGUGCCAACCUCGAAUCACUGGACGAGCCAGAGGCCAAGGCCUCGAUGAUCUGGAUCAUUGGAGAGUAUGCCGAGCGCAUUGACAAUGCCCACGAGCUGCUUGCUUCGUUCCUCGAGGGCUUCAAGGAUGAGAACAGCCAGGUCCAGCUCCAGCUGCUGACCGCCAUAGUCAAGCUGUUCCUUAAGCGUCCCAAGGACGCUCAGCAGAUGGUGCAAACUGUUCUAUCGCUGUCCACACAAGAGUCUGACAACCCCGAUCUGCGUGACCGUGGCUUUGUCUACUGGAGACUGUUGUCCACAGACUUUGAGGCCGCCAAGGCCGUUGUACUCUCUGAGAAGCCUCUCAUCACCGACACAACAUCACACCUGGAGGAGUCGCUCCUAAACGACUUGAUCUCCAACAUCUCAACUCUCGCCUCAGUGUACCACCGCCCACCAGAAGACCUUUGUCGCCAAGCUCAAGGGUCUGUCAAAGCGCGGAUUCAGAAGGGAAGAGGAGGACGACGAGGAGCCAGACUACAUCGAUGA